CUUAUUUCUUUACAUAUAUUUCUAUCAUGCUUCAUUCCGAAGUGCCUGGCAGAGACACAUCAAACAUAAUAAGAUACAGAGCAAUAAGGACACUGUCGAAUGGAAAUGAAGGGUAGAAACAGUUAAAAUCAAGGCAAAGGUUAAUAUGCAAACUGCAGGCAUACCACGGAGUUGUAGAGAAAGGCUGCAUAUUUGGAACUAACUUCCAGAUGGCAAAAGCAAAAAUGGAAAUGCCAUCCAUUACACAGCUCACUGGGUCAGCAAGGAAAAACAAAUCUGUUGCUUCUAAGAAGUGGAGUGUCCUCUGGUACUUGUUUCAAUUAUCCUAUGCUGUGUCCACCCUACAAGAGCUUGAAUAAAACUCAGAGAUAAUUUAGUUUGUCAAUUCCUUUGUUCUCAGACGAACAAAUUUAGACCUACAAGAUUAAGGUGACUUGCUGAAGUGACACAUCUGAUGUUCUAACAGGAAGAGUGGGCAGCAGUAGUUUGGUCUUCAGGCCUCUUUCCAGUAUGCUACCCCAACCUUAUGGGUUAGGUCUAGGAUGAAGCUGCAGACCAUCAGGCUUUCCCGGGGACAACUGUCAGUCCUUUGGUGCAGCCCAGUAGGCCUGCUUCAGUCAGUUGUCUUCUUCAGGGAGAGGAGAUUUGCUCCUGGAAACUAACUCAGAUUCUGAAGCCAACCUUCUUCCCAGGGGUCUAGACACUUAGGUAAUAAUGGAAUUUAUAGUGAGUCAUCCUGUAAAGUAAAAGGAAUUCUUUAAGGGAAACAGGACUUUUCCAAACACUUAGGACUCGUCCAAACACUUAGCUAUGAAUAGAAAACGGAUGAUAUACACUCAGGAAAAUAAAUUUUGAUGUGCCCAUUAGUAAAUCAGAGAAAUUAAAAAUUGGAAGACUAAAAUGGCAGUGAUAAUGAGCUACAUAAUUUAAAUUCAUCUUUGAUGGGAAAAUAUUGACAUGUCUCAGACAAUUAGGAAGUAAAGAUGUCUCUGUGACAAUAAUUAUCGAUCCAACCAGGGACAGAGACCCAUUUGAAAAUCCACAGAUAAGCACAUCAGGUUGACAGACAUCUUAGGAGGUUAAGAGAAUUGGUGAGUAGGUAUUAAACCAGCAUAUUUAUGAGCCACUAAACUAGUUGGGGAGGUGGGAGGAGCCAAUAUAUAAAGAUCUUAAUGUUUUCCUAACAGUGAAUACGUUAUUUGGAACAUUUAGCUGAGAACCUAAGAAAAAUAAUGACAGAAACUGAACUAAGUAUUAUACAUAAAUAUCCAUCUAGAGAAAAGCACAAAGCAGCAAUCAGUUUUAUGAAGAACAACUCAGAGAAGACAAAUUACUAAGAGGCUUAUUUUGGGAGGCAUCCAGAAUACAUGGAUUUAAAUGAAUUGAAUUGAUCCAAUAUUGUAUUUACCAUUAUGUGACAUGAUUUUUCUUUUUCAGAACCAAGGCAUAUUUUUGGACUGGCUGUAACUUAAAUUUUUCUAACUUUACUCAUGGAAAAUAUGACUCUACAACAGCUUAAAUGUUUAAGAAGGGAAAAUACAGUAACGUGUCUAUUGCAUUUUAUGUUCUAAGUAUAGUGGGAACGAUACUGGAUUAUCUAUCAUAAAAAGGAAAAUUCUGCCUGACUAUCUGCUCAAAAAAGUUUUAGUUUAAAUUUCUUGUGAGGGUAUAGACAUGAAUGUAAAACCUGGCAUAAAUUUUAAGCCUUUUUUGGAAAAUACCUCAAUGAAUAUAAUGGCAGCUACAUCCCUCCUGGGUGGCGAGAAUGGCUUGGAUUAAUCAAGAAUUCUCGUUUCUAUAAUUACACUGUUUGUCGAAAUGGCAUCAAAGAAAAGCAUGGAUUUGAUUAUGCGAAGGCCCGUUAUGAUGGUGAUCAGCCACGCGGCACCCCACGGCCCCGAGGACUCAGCCCCACAGUUUUCAAAACUGUACCCCAAUGCUUCCCAACACAUAACUCCUAGUUAUAACUAUGCACCAAAUAUGGACAAACACUGGAUAAUGCAGUACACGGGACCCAUGCUGCCCAUCCACAUGGAAUUUACAAACGUUCUACAUCGCAAACGGCUUCAGACUUUGAUGUCAGUGGAUGAUUCUGUGGAAAGGCUGUAUAAUAUGCUUGUGGAAACGGGGGAGCUGGAGAACACUUACAUCAUCUACACUGCUGACCACGGUUACCAUAUCGGGCAGUUUGGACUGGUCAAGGGGAAAUCCAUGCCAUAUGACUUUGAUAUCCGUGUGCCUUUCUUUAUUCGUGGUCCAAGUGUAGAACCAGGAUCGAUAGUACCACAGAUUGUUCUAAACAUUGACCUGGCCCCUACCAUCCUGGACAUUGCUGGGCUCGACGCACCUCCUGACAUAGACGGCAAGUCUGUCCUCAAACUCCUGGACCAGGAAAAGCCAGGUAACAGGUUUCGAACAAACAAGAAGGCCAAAAUUUGGCGUGAUACAUUCCUCGUGGAAAGAGGGAAAUUUCUACGUAAGAAGGAAGAAUCCAACAAGAAUAUCCAACAGUCAAAUCACUUGCCCAAAUAUGAGAGGGUCAAAGAACUGUGCCAACAGGCCAGGUACCAGACAGCCUGUGAACAACCUGGGCAGAAGUGGCGGUGUGUCGAGGACGCGUCUGGCAAGCUUCGGAUUCACAAGUGCAAGGGGUCUGGUGACCUGCUUGCUGUCCAGCACAGCACGAGGCCCCUCUUCUCUCGCAGCUUCCACGACAAGGACAAAGAGUGCAAUUGUGGAGAUGCCGGUUAUCGGGCCAGCAGAAGCCAAAGAAAGAGUCAGAGGCAGUACCUAAGGAACCAGGGGACCCCGAAGUACAAGCCCAGAUUUGUCCAUACCCGGCAGACACGCUCCUUGUCAGUCGAAUUUGAAGGCGAAAUAUAUGACAUAAACCUGGAAGAAGAAGAACUGCAAGUCCUGCGACCACGAAACGUUGCCAAGCGUCACGGUGGAGGUCGCCAGGGGCCCAGAGGCCGCCAGGCUACCAGCGGUGGUGAUGGGGACGCGAUGCUGGCCGACAGCGGCAAUGCCGUGGGCCUGCCCGCCACUGUCCGAGUGACGCACAAAUGCUUUAUUCUUCCAAAUGAUACAAUCCAUUGUGAGAGAGAACUUUAUCAAUCAGCCAGAGCCUGGAAAGACCACAAGGCAUACAUUGAUAAAGAGAUUGAGGCUUUGCAAGAUAAAAUUAAGAAUUUAAGAGAGGUGAGAGGACAUCUAAAGAGAAGGAAACCUGAGGAGUGUGGCUGCAAUAAACAGAGGCACGAUUAUGAAGACUCACUUUUCAAACUUCUUGCCUGCAGCUAUUACAACAAAGAGAAAGGUGUGAAAAAGCAAGAGAAAUUAAAGAGCCACCUUCACCCAUUCAAAGAAGCCGCUCAAGAAGUAGACAGCAAACUGCAGCUUUUCAAGGAGAACCGCAGGAGGAAGAAAGAGAGGAAGAAGAAACGACAGCGGAAGGGUGAGGAGUGCAGCCUUCCUGGCCUCACCUGCUUCACGCAUGACAACAACCACUGGCAGACGGCGCCGUUCUGGAACCUGGGCUCUUUCUGUGCUUGCACGAGUUCUAACAAUAACACCUACUGGUGUUUGCGGACAGUUAAUGACACGCAUAAUUUUCUUUUCUGUGAGUUCGCCACUGGCUUUUUGGAGUAUUUUGAUAUGAAUACUGAUCCUUAUCAGCUCACAAAUACCGUGCACAUGAUAGAACGGGGCGUUUUGAAUCAGCUACACAUGCAGCUGAUGGAACUCAGGAGCUGUCAAGGGUAUAAGCAGUGCAACCCAAGACCUAAGGGCCUAGAAGUUGGAAAUAAAGAUGGAGGAAGCUAUGACCUGCACAGUCUUCCCAGGGCUGGUGCCCAAAGUGUGACAUACAGCUCUACUGGGAUUUGGUAUUAACUGUGUUUUCACUUGCAGAGGACAGUUAUGGGACGGAUGGGAAGGUUAGUCAGCCCAGUCUCACUGCAGACGUCAACUGGCAAAAGGCCUGGAG